AUGCCGUCUGGGAAUGGAUUAGGACCCCAUGUCAGGGACAACACCGACGGCACAAUAUGUGUGGAGUACGAGCCCAAACUCGAGGGCAGGCACGAGGUGCAGAUGAACUACGAAGGUAGUAGUGUUGAAGGUUCGCCAUUCUCGUGUGUUGUGGACAAGAUCGACAACAGUUUCAUCACUGCCUUUGGCACCGGGCUGGUCGGAGGCCUCAGCGGCGAGAAUGAGAGCUUUACCGUCGUGGCCAAGAAAGGGACUGCCAAGGAGAUUGAAGUUAAAAUUGAUGGACCAGCUAAAGUGGAUCUCAAGAGAAAAGAUAAUCCUGACGGGUCAGCUAACUUCAGCUACAUGCCAAUGACCCCUGGAGCUUACAACAUUAACAUCAAGUAUCAUGGAAAAACAAUCAAAGGAUCUCCUUUUGUGUCGAAAAUAUCAGGCGAAGGACGUAAACGAUCCAUGUUGUCCAUUGGUAACUGCGCCGAGUACUCGCUGAAGAUCAUCGAGCCUGAUGUGGUGGACCUGGUGGGCACCCUCAAGACCCCUGGUGGGCAGAUUGAGCCCAUUAUCCUGAAGAAGAUGGAGAACGGAGAGCUCGGGAUCGCUUACUUCACUCCGCGCCAGAAAGGCGAGUACUUGGUAAACGUCAUGCGGCAGGAGAAGCACAUCAAGAACAGCCCCUUCAAGAUCGUUGUGGGCGACAAGGAGCUGGGACAUGCCGCUGGAUGUACCGUCCAUGGGGCUAUCAACGAAGGUGUGGCCAACAAGGCCAAUGAGAUCGUGGUGGACACCACACAUGGAGGUUACGGUGGCCUCAGCUUCUCCAUCGAGGGCCCCCAUCGCUCGGAUGUGGAGUGCUACAAGAUCGAGGAUCGAGUCUACACCAUCCACUACAGCCCUCAUGAACCAGGCAUCUACAUUCUCAACAUCAGGUUCGCCGACGAGGAUGUCCCGGGCAGCCCCUUCCUGGUCAACAUCGGAGGCAACCCUUCAGGCCGAGUUCGAGAGACGGUUUCUAAGGAAAUCGAGACUGCAGAAGCGAUCUCACCCGGUACAACGGCAGAGUUCAUUCUUCAGAUCCCUGGCACCAACCCCUUCGACAUGGAAGCCACCAUCACAGACCGCGACGGCGUGUCUGAGCUCUGCGAGGUCAUGGACCAGGAGGACUUCCACUAUCUCAUCAAGGUGACGCCUAAAGCCGCUGGCUUGCACAUUAUCAGUGUCAAACACAAGGGCAUGCAUAUUUCCGGCAGCCCCUUUCAGUUUACUGUGGGCCAGUUAUCUGGUGGAGGGCCUCACAAAGUUCAGGUUGGUGGCCCAGGACUUGAGAAAGGCGAGGUGGGAAUGCCGAAUGUCUUCAACAUCUACACGCGUGAGGCUGGAGCAGGAACUUUGACUGUCAGUCUCGAGGGACCUUCCAAUGCAAACAUCCAGCUGGAGCCAAGACCUUAUGGGUUCCUGGGCGCCAAAUAUGUUGUCACCAAACCUGGGAUGUACGGCGUCCACGUCAAGCACAACGACAAUCACAUUCCGGGCUCACCCUUUAUGGUCAACAUCGCCCCAGACAGCGGGGUUGCCAGGCAGGUUUCGGUCCACUCUCUCAAGGAUCGGGGUCUUUCGAUCGACAAGCCGGUGACUUUCACUGUGUCCUUCAACGGGGCCAAAGGUCACCUCCACGCCACCGUCCGCACGCCCUCUGGUGGACACACAGACUGCAUGAUCCAGGACUUGGACUCGGGAGUCUACGCCGUUCGUUUCAUUCCAAAAGAAAACGGCGUUCAUUAUGUGGAUGUUAAGCUGAACGACGCCCAUAUCCCUGACUCCCCUUUCCCUAUUAUGGUUGGUUCUAUGGCCUCUGACCCCGCCAUGGUUACUGCUAGUGGAGAGGGGUUGGAACAUGGCAAAUGUG